AAAUGUUGUUGUGUAUUUCCUGCCUCUGACCAUGAAUCAGAUAGGUCGACGAGUUUGGGAAGUAGUCCAUCUUUAUAAGAAGGACAACAGUGGCCCAAUGAAACAGACGCGUUCCGGUUGACGAGGAUGCAGGGCAAGAGACCGGUCUACAGUUACCCCUGCCCAAACCCCCGGCUGGUGGGUCUUCAGCACCAUCUCCUUUUCAGGAUAUGGGAUGUGAGCCAGAAAACCUUCUACCUCAGGAACAACCAGCUGGUAGCUGGUUACCUACAGGCCUCCAACAUGGCCCUGGAAGAGAAGAUUGACGUGGUGCCCAUCUCGCCAUUCAACAACACCAUGUUCAUGGGGAUCCAGGGUGGCAGCCGUUGCCUGGCGUGCGUUAAGCCCGGCAACCAGCCGGUUCUGCAGCUGGAGGAAAUAAACAUCGCGGACCUGGCCAGGGCCGGGGACCAAGCGAAGCGUUUCGCCUUCAUCAAGUCUCACCCGGGGCCCACUUUCCGGUUCGAGUCAGCCGCCUACCCUGGCUGGUUCCUCUGCACCUCCCAGGAGGACCAGCCCGUGGGCCUCACCAACCACACCCAGGAUCCCAUCACCACCGACUUCUAUUUCGAGAAGGACUAACCCCGGCUCUGCUCCUCCCCCACGCCUUGCGGCCCAGCUCCAGCUCGGGCCCCUACUGAGCUCCGGGGUGCCCCCUUCCCAACCUGGCAAGGGCACCUCUGAUCGCCGCCCCCCCCGGGGCCUUCGGAUUGUGGCUGAGGCUCACUCCAUAUCCCAAACAUCUCCCAUUACAGGUCUCCCUCACUUCACCCUGGGCCUGUAUUCUGCUCAACUGAAGCAGUGCCAAGUGAAUUCCCUUGGGCACUGAAAAAAGGGGUUUGGGAGACACCGUGGGCCCACCUUCACCCAGUUGAGCAUCUAGUCUGUCAGCCUGGUGCCCGCUCCCGAGCCCAUCUCCAUCUGCUUCCCUGUCCCCGCAGGGGGCUGGAGAUGCCAGGAGGGUAUCCAGUGUGGCGAGGAUUUGGAAAUCCUCAGCAGUUGGGCCACUUCACUGGGCUGUCCUCAGCCUUUGCUGCCAUGACCGGGACUUACAGGAUUUUCUCCCAAUAAAACCUUGAGGACCUUAGGACGGUGGCCACCAGUGUGAACAUCUCUCUCUACUGUAAGCUCAUUGUAGGCAGGGAAUGAGUAUACCGACUCUAUUAUAUUGUACUCUCCCAAGCACUUAGUAGUGCUCUGCACACUGGAAGUGCUCAAUAAAUACGAUUGAUUGAUUGACUGAUUGACUGAUUGACUGAUCUCUCCCCCCAGGCAGGGCGCUGAGUGCAUGUGAGGUCCAGGGGAUUGGAAG